CCUGGGGCGGAGUCUGUGCCAGACACACACACACCUGGUUGGAUGAUUUGGAGCUCGGAGUGACACAGACAGAAGAGGUCUGUGGGUAAUUCUCUAUAUUACCAUGCCACACCCCCCACCCCCCCAUCCCACCCGAAGACGACACCCAUCGCCCCACACACACCUACACCCACAGAGAAGAAGGGCAGAACAUUCCAUCCUCUCCUCCGUCCAUCCCUCCAUCACUCCUUCAAUCACACUUCAGAAUGAUGGCAAAAGACUUCCCCAACCCCUUCCUCGAUCGUUCUCCUCGCAUCUCAUUCUGUGUUCCCCGGAAACCCCUCCCAUCCCUACUCUUCACUCGCAUCUCAUUCGCUGUGCCUGCCCCACCCCUGGCCCAUCUCCGGCUUUUCCGGCCCUCCAUUGGCUGACGCUGGUCACAUGGUGCUGCCUGCUGCCUUCUCUGAUUGGUGCAGGGGAUACGUGGGACGUGGUUGCGGUGUGUCCAUUCCACUGUGUCUGUCGGAACCUGUCAGACUCACUGAGCACGCUCUGUGCAGAUAAAGGCCUCCUAUUCGUUCCCCCGAAUGUCGAUCGGCGAACUGUCGAGCUCCGAUUGGCUGAUAACUACAUCACGGAAGUAGGCGGGUCGGACUUUGCCAACAUGACCGGAUUGGUUGAUUUGACUCUGUCCCGGAACACUAUCCACUCCAUCCGACCAAUGGCGUUCUCUGAUCUAGAGAGUUUGCGGAGUUUGCAUUUGGACGGUAACCGCUUGACGACGCUUGGGCCGAGAGACCUUGUCGGAAUGGUUAAUCUACAGCACCUCAUCGUCAAUGGUAACCAGCUGACGAGGGUGUCGGCGGAAGCGUUCAAUGAUUUCCUGCUGACGCUGGAGGACCUGGAUAUGUCAUACAACAACCUUCGAAGGGUCCCGUGGGAGUCGAUCCAGAACAUGGUCAGUCUCCACACCCUGAACCUGGAUCAUAACCUGAUAGACCUUAUCGCAGAGGGAUCCUUUGGAGAGCUGUACAAGCUGGCUCGCCUGGACAUGACCUCCAAUAGACUGAGAACCCUGCCGCCUGAUCCCCUGUUCGCCAGGUCUCAGACGGGAGCCAUCAGUCCCACUCCCUACAACAGCAUCAUCAGUCUGAACUUUGGAGGGAACCCGCUACACUGUAACUGUGAGUUACUGUGGUUACGGCGGCUGGUCCGAGAGGACGAUAUGGAAACCUGCGCCACGCCCCCUCACCUGGCCGGCAGGUAUUUCUGGUCCAUCCCUGAGGAGGAGUUUACCUGUGAGCCGCCCCUCAUCACCAGAUACACCCACAAACUCUGGGUCCUGGAAGGUCAAAGGGCAACCCUGAAAUGCAGAGCCAUCGGCGACCCCGAACCCGUCAUCCAUUUCGUCUCCCCCGACGAUCGGAUUGUGGCGAAUUCCAGCCGGACGACAUCGUUCCGAAAUGGAACAUUGGAUCUCUUAGUUACGGUUGCUAGGGACGAUGGAGCGUACACGUGCAUAGCGAUAAACGCGGCUGGGGAGGCUACCGCGACGGUGGAUCUAAAGAUCAUUCCAUUGCCCCAUCGGAAUGGGAAUGUGAACGUUCCGGGGAAUGUGACGGUUACUGGAAAUACCGGGAAUUCUAAUGGAAAUAUUCCGGGUUCUUCAGACAUCACCACCGGGAAAAGCGGGAAUUCCGGAGUUAAUGGUGGAAAUGUGAAAGAAACGGAGGAGAGGAAAGGAGAGGAGGGAGAGGAAGGGGACAGAGGUUUGGUGGAAGAUGGAGGGACUAGGCCGGAGGAAGAGAGGAUGAUGGGGAUACAGGGAGUCACUUCUACCUCGGCCCAGGUGCGAUGGGACCUGGGCCGAUCGGCUGGAGCUUACCUGGUGUGGAUGUUUCAGAUACAGUACAACUGUACAGCCGACGAGACACUGGUGUACAGGAUCCUCCCUUCUACCAGUAACAGUUUCAUGUUGAAGAACCUGGUCUCUGGAGCAGACUACAACCUGUGUGUCCUGGCCAUCUUUGAUGACACGGUCACCUUGCUGGCCGCCACCAAGGUUCUCGGCUGUGCCCAGUUCAGCACUAAAGAACUCUACCCAGAAUGCAAUUCUCUACAGGCCCACUUCCUGGGCGGAACCCUGACAAUCAUGGUCGGAGGCAUUGUUGUGGUAAUGCUGCUGGUGUUCACCGUGGCGCUGAUGGUGCGUCACCGCAUAUGCAGUAACCAUGGUGACCGCUGUCACCACGGGGAUGAUAGUGAUGAGUCGGCAUGUUGCCAGGGCAGGUCAUUAGGGAAUCCGGUGAAAGGGGCGGCGGCCAGAGGUGGCGGAGGAGUCUACGGCCAAUCGAAUGGCAACGGUGAUGUGAUGAUGGUGGUCUUGCCCAAUGGGCUGCCUUUGAAGCAGCGAGGGGGCGGGGAGAAGGAGAUAGAGAAGGAGAAAGGAGGGGCUGACGUACCUUCUAAUUUACCUCCCAAACCAAAACCUAAACCCCAAACUCUGCCCAGGCCUAAAGGAACCUGGGAGGGCAGGGGAGAGAAGGGGGGAGGACAGGGGGGAGGACAGGGGGACAUGACGUUAGCAGUUCGUGAGAGACAACUUCCUCACUACACCCCUGAAACAGAACAGGUCUCUGUCUACUACUCUCCUGUCAUAAGCUCCUCCCCCUCCACCCUACACCGCCAAUCACGAGGAGGAACAGGGAUGGGGAGGGCUAAGCUCUGCCCAGAUGUAGUAGUAGUAGGCGGGGCCAAACGGGCUAGCUUCGCCCUGGACACGCCCCUGGGACAGGAUAUCCUCUCUGAUUGGAGGAUGAGACAUGGCGUCAUAGUGGGCGGGGUCGGAGACACAUGGAAUUCCUCCCAAGCCUAUCAGAGCCCGGGAACUCCCCUAAACCCCUCCCACGGCUCAGUGCGCGCCAAACGUAGCAACUCCCUCGACAUGGGUUCUUCUUCUUCUUCUUCUAUUUCCAUUGCCACGACGACGACGGUUGCCCAGCGACAGUACAGCAGUCGCCGCGGUUACGCCAAGCGGCUGUCAGUCACCUGGACGAGGCGAAGUAAAUCGCUGCAUGGAAUGUUGGUACACUGCGCCUCGGCAACCAGCACCACUUCCUCGACGACCAGCGUAGACGGGGAGGUCGCCGUAGUUCGUCAAGGUUACAUCCACGCCUACAACACCACAAACUCUAACUCCAACGCCGCUGCGACGAGUGUUGUCAAGGGCAACGGGAAGGAGAGAGAGAGAGAAAGGGAAAGGAGGGAAAGCCAGUGAUGAAGGGUGAUGAAGAGGAGAGUGUGGUGUAGAGAGGGAGGGAGGGAGAGAGAGAGAGAUAAAUAUUAGGGAUAAAGGGAAGAUGUAGGGGCUGAAAAGGAAUAGAGAGAGGAGGCCUCGAGACAUGACCUGAAUUGGAUUCAGACAGAGGCAGAGAUAUACAGAAAAAAAGAGAAAGAGAUGAGAGAGAGAGAGAAUAAUCUCUUUAUCUGAGGCUCUGCAUAAAACAUAAACAGCUUAGACAGGUUGAGUUCAGACGAGAGGAGAAGAAGAGAGAAUGUGUUAAACAGAAUGAAAAGAGGAGGGGUGAAGGGCAGAGAGGGAGAGAGAGGGUUAGAGAGAGAGGGUUAGAGAGAGAGAGAGGGUUA